UAUCUCAGAUGGGUUUCGCCAUUCUUGCGUUUGGAACAUCCCACAAACACUAACACUACUACAGAACAAUACGACUUCUAGCCUACGCACACGCCCCGAGCGCCCCUUGGAGUACAUCGCUGACGUUAGUUUCAGUCAGUUCACAGAUAGUUCAAAUAGAACACUUCGCUUCAACUUCCUGAAACCAGCGCUUACUGUAGGUCCAACUUUUCCAGCCAAACAGAUGGCAGCGCAAUACCAGUAGGUGUUGGGGGAAACCGUGAAGCUAUGCUGUAGGCAAACGGAUGCCUGCUGUCACACUGCCUACUCGGAGCUUUGAGGCAACCGCACGGACGGUCCAACAGUUGCAGGUGGAGCCGCGGCUAGUGGUGGUUAUGGAGCGCAAAGAGGGACGGAAGGACAGGUUCUUUAUCGUCACCAGGGGAAAGGCCAGAAGCAGCCACAAGGGGGCGUCCAAGGGCUCCAUCGGCUGGUUGGAGGCAGAGACUCCGCGAGGGGAGCUCGUGUGCCAGCUGUACGGCAGCUCAGGCAGCUGUAAGGGGGCCGGGGUGGUGAAGUGCGAGGACACCUACCCGCUCUCGCGCCAUCAGGCACAGCUCCUGCUCUUCGUCUUGCCCCCGCACAAGAGACUGGAGCUCCUGUGUAACCCGCAGCUGUUUGCCGCCAUCUGUGACCUUGCCCAGGACGACCUGGUGAUGGUGAAGCACAAGAGAGGCCUCCAGCCAGGGCUGGUCAAGAACUUGAUGAAGAUCGGGAGGCGGGAAAACCCCAGCGACCUGCUCAUGCUGGGGUUUGAGGUGGAGCUUCUGGACACGGAUCAAAAGUCAUCCCCCAAGAAACAGGCUCCACUUCCCCUUGUCAGUGCUGGGGACAUCAUUCAGGUGCUCCCCAAUUAUACCCCCAAACCCCAAAACUUCUCUACUGAGAGAGAAAGGCCGAGGGACGGAGACAGGCCGUCAGAAGGCAUCAGCACACGGGCCAUCUCUCGGAUCCACUCGCUCCCCAAUUUGAGGUCCCGCAGUAGGCAGGUGGGGGGAGGCCCUCAGAAGGUGGGCCGGGUCCCCGCCCUGCAGAGCCCCUUGGAGGUGGGGUCCAUGGUGGAGGUGGAGGUGGAGGCAGAGGGCGGGGUCACAGUGUACGGGGUGAUGCGGUGGAUGGGGGUCCCAGAAGAGCAUACAGAUGACUGGGCGGGGCUGGAGCUGGACUAUGAGGUGAGUGGCUGCACUGAUGGGACGUUUAGAGGACAGCGUUAUUUCACCUGUGAGGGGAACAGGGCCCUGUUUGUGCCCCUGGGUGCCUGCAGGCCAGACGGAAGGUUCCAGUCCCAGCCUGCUGUGGAGGUGCCCCCCCAGUACUGUGACAAACCCUCAGACAUUUCCGUGGAGGAGGAGGCUGAAGACGCCCCACCUAUCCCUGAAUCGGAGGCCCUGUCUCUGCUGGAGGGGCGCAUGAAGGGCAUCCAGGGGCACUACAACUCCUGCUACCUGGAUGCUACACUCUUCAGUCUGUUCAGCUCCUCCAUGACUCUGGACAAUCUGUGCCACUGCACUGCAGACACAGGGGGAGAGCUACUGCACAUACUCAGGAAACGCAUCAUCAACCGUCUCCGCAGGCAAGGCUUUGUUCCGGCUGAGGGAGUGAUGAGUUUCCGGAAGCAGUUGGGAUGCAAUUCCUUCAUGACAGAGGAGAAAGACCCAGAGGAGUUCAUCACUCUUCUUCUACAGCAAGUGCUUCACGUGGAGCCACUCCUUAAAAUAAGGUCGGGCAGCAAGACAACCCAGGAUGCCUACACCUUCCAGAUCAUUCUGGAGAAAGAGCAGAUGGGCCCCCUACCCACAGUGCAACAGCUGCUGGAAUCCUCCUUCCUCUCAUGUGACCUCAAGUUUGAAGAGGUCCCAGCCUGUUUGAUGGUCCAGAUGCCCAGAUUUGGGAAAGGGUACAAAAUGUUCCCCCAAAUCCUUCCCUCUACAGAACUGGAUAUUACAGACCUCCUGCAUAAUGCUACUCGGGAGUGUUUCCUUUGUGGUAGGAGGGCAGAGGUGGAGUGUGUUGGGUGCUUAAGGGAUCGAAAACUACAACCGGGCAGAAUCAAACAGUACUGCAUCACUUGCAGCACACAGGUGCACUCCCACCCUCUGCGGCAGGACCACACCCCCAGGAAGCUGGCAGUGCCAGCGGACUUGCCUGUAGGUGACCCCACUCCUAGGCAGGUGCUGGAGCUGUUCGCUGUGCUCUGUAUCAACACUAGCCACUACGUCUCCUUCGUCAAGUUUGGCCCCGCCCCCCGCUCCUGGCUCUUCUUCGACAGCAUGGCAGACCGCUGUGGGGAUGACCAGAAUGGCUACAGUGUUCCAGAGGUGAAGGCAUGCCCAGAAGUGGGUGACUUCCUGUCACGGCCAGAGGAGGACCUCGCUAUUGACCACAGCAACACUGGUGAUCUGGUGAAGAGGCUCCUGCAGGACUCCUACAUGUGCCUGUAUCAGCGCCUACCAGCACAGAGGGUGGUGCCAAAUCACCAAACAUCACCAGCACAGAUAACCAUGCCAAAUCAUCAAACAUCCCCAGCACAGAUAACCAUACCAAAUCGCCAAACAUCACCAGCACAGAUAACCAUACCAAAUCGCCAAACAUCCCCAGCACAGAUAACCAUACCAAAUCACCAAACAUCCCCAGCACAGAUAACCAUACCAAAUCACCAAACAUCACCAGCACAGAUAACCAUACCAAAUCGCCUAACAUCGCCAGCACAGAUAACCCUGCCAGAUCACCAAAUGCUUCCAUCACAGGUGGCCAAGCCAAAUUGCCAAAUAACACCAGCACAGAUAACCAUGCCAAAUCACAAAGCAUCAUCAGCAAAGGUGACCUUGCCAAAUCACCAAAUGGCUCCAUCACAGGUGACCAUGCCAAAUCGCCGAACAUCACCAGCACAAAUAACCAUGUCAAAUCACCAGACAUCACCAGCACAGAUAACAGUGCCAAAUUACCAAACAUUACCAGCAAAGAUGACCCUGCCAGAUCACCAAAUUGCUCCAUCACAGAUGACCAUACCAAAUUGCCAAACAUCACCGGCACAGAUAACUCUCCAGUCAGUAUAACCACAAACAAUGUCUGCUUUUACUCUGACUUUACACGUUUCUUAACAGAAAAAUAGUCCCUUUUUUCCGAUGGACUUAACCAGUCCCCCUCCCAAUUAAAACAUGGUCCUUGGUUCUUUAACUUUGAGUAACAAAUUAAAAUGAUUUCCUUUUCCCAAUAUUUAAAAUAUCACUAGUUCAAUGCUCACUGAGAUUAAUGAGAAGUAUUGGGUAUGAUUCCACAAAAUAAUGUUAGACUUGCUGAUGUGUGCUUAUAGUGAUCGCUCAAAGUGAAGGUCAAUCUGUGGCAAGGACCUCCCCCCCCAGCCAGGGCAGAGCGUUCCUACGGCAAUGGUGCUGUGACCUUGUGGCAACGCUGCUGCGUGUCAGCACCAUCAGUCACACCACUGUUUUGGGAACUGCGUGUUUUAGCCGUGCCUGAGCUGGUCAUGCCAAAGCAGAUGAAGGAGACACAGAUAGCAGCAUGCUCACCCCCUCACGGUCAGCCAAGGCCAGCUGAUCACACUCUAAUCAGCAUGUGUGGGGGGCAGCACGGCCAUUUGUUCCACAACUCAUUCACUGUAAUGUGAACUUUAAAUGAAUUUUAACCCUUUGAAGAGAUCUGUUCUCUGCACUCCUUUGCCUCCUCCUUGGCCAUCCCUCUUUUCCACUGAUUUGUGUCUCUGAAUCUAUGCUUUAGCUCAAACACUGAAACAGGGUAUGCAAAAAUAAUGAUGAAGGACAGUAUGAUGUUAAUGUUAAAAACAUGCACUAUAUCCACAAUAAUGUGACAUUUUUCUUUCAUUAGAUGAAGACUGUUGAAUAGCCCAAUUAUACAAAUGAAGGUUAGUACAGUAUUGCAGCUUGCAGGAUGAAAUAAAGAAGAUUUAAUAAGUAAAAUGAAGAUGACAGGAAAUGUGCUGCAUUCUCCCCUGCUCUUGUCAUAAACCGAUUACCUUCCUCUACUCAAAUGAUUUUAUCAUUUAUCAUUGCCAGUACACGGUCUGUCACUUGUUGAUGACUGUAAUUUAGCUGAGGGUUUCUGGGUAUAUUUAAGUGUGAUUGAGUCUAUGUACACUAACGAUGAGAGCAACUGGAUUUUUGUUGUUGAAGAUUAAAAACAUAUACCCACUAAUA